GUUGCCGUUUAUCAUUAUCAGCCACGCCCCCGCCCCGCAAACGUCAUCAGGGUCCUGAAGCACAGGCAGCGACCCAGUAUCGUUCGGUCCAACGCGUAACGUUCAACACCACACCCACAUCCACAACAUGCGUUUCUCGACAACCGCUGUCCUUGCCCUGCCGGCGCUCGCCCUUGCCGAGCAGCAGAUUCCCCUCCUCGAGAAGGUCAAGGGUUUCUUCAACCAGGCGACAGCGUCGGUGGCCUCUGUCAUUCCCUCUGCGCCGUCUGUGCCCUCUGCGCCCGUAGAGGCAGCAGCAGCCAAGAUUGCCGAGGUGGUCCAGCACGAUCUCACUCUCGAGAACUGGAAGGAGCUCCUGACCGUCGAUCCCACCGUCAGCGCGCCCGCGACACAGGACUGGCUGAUCUUCGUUACUGGUGGCAACAGCACAUGUUACGGCUUCUGUGGACCUGCUGAGAAGGCAUGGAACGCAUCAACCCCCGUCAUUGCCGCUCAGCCGUCGUCGCCUAAGCUCGGUUUCCUUGAUUGCGAAAGGGAGAACAUCCUCUGCAACUCGUGGUCUGUCGGUGCGCCGGCUCUGAUCCAGUUCCGCAUUCCCAAGCCUUUGGCUGACCAGUCUGCGCCCGUUCCUGAGUACCGUUACAAGCCUUUGAACCGCACUUCCACCACCACCGAGACCUUCAAGGAGCUUGUCGUUGAUAACAAGCUUGACGAGGUUGCUCCCUACGAGGGUCCUUUCCACCCCUUCAACGGUCUGCUCCAGCAGUACGGCCUCGCUAUCCCCUUCGGAUACUUCACCUGGGGCUUCUCCAAGAUGCCUUCCUGGUUGCCCAUGAUCCUCAUCUCAUUCUUCAGCAGGACUUUCAUGUAAGUCGGACGUCUCCA